AUGGAUGAAAUUACUAGCACAGAAACUUCACCUUCAUCAAAUGAAGAAGUGCCAAAUGAUGAAGCUCCUCUCCGACAGUAUGUGACUAAAGUAGAAAAACCACCUAGUUCUACUGUUAAAUCAGAUUAUGUUCCUCCUGGAUAUAAUGCCUUGAGAACAACACUUUUGCAAAGAAAAAGAACUCAUGUUGAAAGAUUUUUGAAACCAAUUAAGGACUUUUGGCUUGAAACUGGUGUAACUAUAGUUUCUGAUGGAUGGUCAGAUCUACAAAGGAGGCCUCUUAUUAAUAUUAUGGCUAUAUCAGAUGGGGGUCCAGUGUUUAUAAAGGCAAUUGAUGAGUCAGGUGAGUUCAAAGACAAACAUUAUAUUACUGGGGUGUUGAAGGAUGCUAUAAAAGAUAUUGGACAUGAAAAAGUUGUCCAAGUCAUCAUUGAUAAUGUUAGUGUGAUGAAGUUUGUUGGAGCUCUUAUUGAAGGUGAGUAUCCUAAAAUAUUUUGGACACCCUGUGUUGUCCACACUCUCAAUCUAGUUUUGAAAAAUAUUUGUGCAAAAAAAAACACUGAAAAGAAUGAAGUUACAUAUGAGGAAUGUAGUUGGAUUACACGUAUUGCUGAUGAUGCAUCUUUCAUACGUGUUUUUAUCAUGAACCAUUCGAUGAGGUUGGUAAUGUUUAAUGAAUUUUGUUCAUUAAAACUGCUCCAAGUUGUUGAUACUAGAUUUGCUCCGGUUGUUGUGAUGUUGAAAAGGUUGAAGUUGAUAAAAAGAUGCCUUCAAGUCAUGGCUAUUAGUGAUCAAUGGGCUUCUUAUAAGGAGGAUGAUGUUGGAAAAGCUCAAAAGGUGAAAGAUAUUAUUCUAAGUGAUCGUUGGUGGGAUAUUGUUAAUUAUAUCCUUGAAUUCACAGCACCUAUUUAUGAUAUGCUAUGA